AUGAAGACUGAUCCGUCUACAAUGAGGACCAAUGAUCGGAAUAUAGUGAUAGAACUUGAAGUCGAGGAAGAAGAAGCCUUUGUGACCCCCACGGCCCGUUAUCAACCAUACUCCACCCAAAAGGAUCAAGCCAUGGAAAGAUAUCGGUUCAUCCUCCUUAGACCAGAAGCUCCCAUUGUGCCUCCAGUAAAUGUGAACCCUUUGCAACUAGUACCACAAGCUCCAGUAGCACUCUCAGUCAAUGUGAACCCUUCCCAACCAAUACCAGAAGCCCCAAGGAUUACCAUUGAACGAGCCCAAUCUUGGGGAAGAGUUCCUGGAGCAAAAAUUGAAAAAGAGUGUAGACAAAACCUACCUAACCUGAAGCAAAAACGGGAAGCAGAAAAUUUGCUAAAUAAUGAAAUAAUGAUCUUUGCACGUGACACCAACGACUUGGACCAAACCAACCUGAUGGUACAUGAAAUCGACAUGGGAAGGUCUUAUCAAAGAAUCCAAAAGCCCUUGGGCCUUCCCAAUCGUCAUGGUUCUAAAAAAGAGUGGAAAGCUGC